AAGAAAAACAACUCAGAAAAAAAAAGUCUGCCCAAGCUGCAUCACCGUCACCAUCGCCAUCGUCUCACUGGGGCAGCGAUUUGUCCCGCAGGGAGGGAGGAUUUGACUGCCUUCCUUCUCGACUAAGGCUGCUGCGCCGGCCGGCCCCCGUUAUAAUCUCAGCCAUUUCCUCCCGCCCUCUCCACGCUCAACUCGAUCCCAAUCCGCGGAUCCACCCGAAUCGGCGGCACCGAUGACCAUGGAGGCGAAGCGCGAGGCCGGCGAGGAGGAGGAGUCGCGGCGCCCUCUUCUCCCGCCCUCUCCGUCGCCAGCGGCGGAGCACCAGCAGCAGUACCAGCACCUGGGGCGGAGCAGCUCGUCGGCGCUGCGCGGGGGCGGGGGAGGGUGGGGCGCGGAGGUCAGUGCCGCCGAGGUCAGGUCCGCCGCCUCCUUCUCCUCCUCCAACUACUACCCCACGGCGCCCAAUCCCCACCACGACGCCGUCGUCUACCCCCCGUCCAUCCACAGCGCCGUCCUCUCCCCAUCCCCGUCGUCUGCUGCCACUCCCCAGCAUACGCAUGGUUUGGCGAUUGUUCCUCAAGGGCCGUACGGUGGUGAUUACCAGCCUUCUCAGGGCGUCGCGAGGGAUGUACUGGAUGAGGUGGAGAUCCGGCAUCUGCUAAUUGAACAUGUUGGACAUCGAUGUUGUUGGGGAAGCCGGCCUGCUCGCACAUGGAAAAUUACAUCCAUUGAGGACUGCAAUGUAUAUGUUGGAACAUUGGAAACCUUUAUUGAGGAAAGAGACACCAUAUUAAAAAAGGAACCCUAUGAUGGUGGCAAAAUAGAUGGAAGAGACAAGGGUCCUGUUCUUGGUGUGUGGGAACUAGAUUUGAGAUCCGAGUUUCCUAUGCUCUUUGUACCGGAGAAAGAAGUAAUGGUCAAGAUUCCUCAUUCAGAAGUUACUGAAAAAUGCUUAGAUUGCGAGGGUCGUGGAGAGGCACCAUGUCCUACUUGCAAUGCUGGUCAGGAGCACGGGUUUUACAAGGCAAAUCAAAUGACUCGGUGCAGUGUAUGCCAUGGCAGGGGCCUACUCGCUCACCAAGAUGGAUCUGAUUCAGUAUGCGGGAUGUGCAAUGGUCAAGGAAUGUUGCCCUGCAUAGCAUGUGCAUCCCGUGGCCUAGUAACAUGCCAGACAUGUAAUGGCUGCGGUUCUCUUCUUGCACAAAGCACUGCUCAUGUUCGAUGGAAGACGCUUACAGUGAGAAAAGUUAGUGCAACAGCAGGAGCUGCUUCGGUCCCUGACGAAGUUUUCCAUAGAGCGCAAGGGGUGCAGCUAUGCAACAUACAGGCAUACCAAUGCACUCCCGCUUUCUUUGCCGAUUCAUACCCACUCAACCAGUUCUCGUCGGAGAUUGUUGCUAGCCGGCUGCCAAUUCCACCAUCCGCAAGAGUCAUUUCAGAGAGACACAUCAUCUCGGUUGUGCCUGUAACCCGUGUCACAAUGUCUCACCGUAAGCGGUCUUUUAGCUUCUACGUUGUUGGCUAUGGCAGGGAUGUUUUCAUCCGGGACUAUCCUUCGAAGUUUUGCUGGGGUCUUUGCCGUUGCUUUGAAUGGUUGGGGAACUAGUGCAUGUGCGUGCCAUCUUCUUUUGGUGUCCAAUGUUCAUACUAUCAAAAGUUGUGUGUACCUGUAGAGAGGCAUUGUGAUUUCUGGUGUGUUACGUUAUCUGUAGUGUUACAGUACGAAAGCUUCUGUAUGUACAUUUUGGGCUUGUGGAUCAUGUAAAUCGUGACUACCGAUUGUUCGGGGUGUAGAAAAUAAUUUACAUUUUCUUAUGAGAAAUAAUAAUGAGAAAAUAGUGGAUCAUGUA